ACCCGCCUUGAUCAGACCAAGAUUCGGUUAGGUAACGGUUUAGUGGCCAUUCUGGACUAUUUCACGUCAAUUCCAUAAUGACCUCCUCAUGCUCCUCAGUUGGCCAAAAUCAGCUGCAAAGGAUCAUCAGAGAUCUCUAUGAUGCUGUGUUUCAGCUGAGUCAAGAGCAUAAAGAGUACACUGAGCCCGUAACCGACGACAGCACCAACCUGCGCAAAUUUUUCUACAAACUGGAGUACUUGCUGCAGUUUGACCUGAAGGAGAAGACAACCUUUCUCGGCCAAAGAAAAGACUACUGGGAUUACUUCUGCGACUGCCUGAUUAAGAUCAAGGGUGCUAAUGAUGGCAUUCGUUUUGUAAAGUCCAUCCCUGAGUUAAGAACCUCACUGGGCAAAGGAAGGGCCUUCAUCCGCUACUUGCUGGUUCACCAGCGACUUGCCGACACACUGCAGCAGUGUCUCAUCAAUCAGAAAGUCACAAGUGACUGGUACUACGCCCGGAGCCCCUUCCUUGACCCAAGCCUCACCUCAAAGAUCGUAAACCACCUGUACGAUCUUAACCAGAUCCAAUUUGAUGUUGCUGCCCGAGGUUACGAUCUUGACAUUGAUUGGCCGGCCUUUGCCAGACGGACGUUAGGGGCUGGCUCAUUAGGACUCUUGUGGAGACCCCCCAGUCGUUGCUCCAGUGUCAACAGUCUGGUCCAGUCACAGGAGAUCUCAGUUCCAGACUUUAGUCUCCCUGGGGACUUUGCUUCAGCAGAACCAUCCCUUCGCAGUGUUGCGGAGAAUCUCCGCAUCGAGCUCGAUCAGUCUGAGCUCAGGAAGCAAGAGCUUCUUGGACAGGUGGACGACUUAGGCAAAGAGGCUGCCCAGCUGAAAGAUGUCGUGAAGAACCUUCAGGGUCAGUUGCUAGCAACUCAGAAGACCAGUUUGCCAGAUCCUUCAGAAGUCACCACUACUAUGGAUGUCCGCAACCACUAUCAAACGUGUUGGGAAGAAAACAAUUGUGACCUUCAAGACAGACUCGCAGCUACUGAAAACAAAAAUAUGGAGCUCCUCUCUAAGCUGGACAAGACUAUUAAAGAAAAGAGCAAACAAACGACCAGCUUCUGCGAAUCAGCCUGGAAGAUCCAAGAACUCCUUGAGAAAUUGAACUCGACAGAGGAGAAAAGGCUGGAGGCCAAGAAGGAGGCUGAGGACCGGGCCAGGCAUUGUGAGCGUGUGUCUCAGGAGCUCAAACUGAAGGAGGAGGAGUUGAGGACCUGCACGGAGAAACUGGCUGACCUCAAAUCCCGUGGCCAGGAUGAGCGCGCAGAAACCCUCAAGCGCUUGGAGGAACUCCAGGGUGCGGUUGGUCGCAUUCAGGGUGCGUUGACGUUGAAAGAGAAGGAGAGUGGGAAUUUAAGAGCGCAGCUGCAGGGCUUGCAGACCUCGCUAGAGUUUAGAGAGCGCCAGGCAGAGGAACUGAGACACAGGCUGCAGGAGGAACGGGACGAGAUAGAGCGCAGAUGUACUGCCAGAGACAGCCAGAAUGAAACCCUGGAGGUUCAACUGCUGGACUUGCGGAAAACCUUAAAAAGCAGAGAGAAAGAGCUUUCUGUCAGCGCCGAGAGAAUCAAACAUUUGGAAGAGCAUCUGGAGAAGUUGAACGUAGAGAAAGAAAGUCUGAUUUCUAGACUCAAUGAAAACGAUGGGAAUGCCUGUGAAGAAACCGGCAACUUUGAUAACUGCAAAUUUCAGUGCUGCGAACUGAAGGGGAUAAACACUGCGCUACUGCAAGCGGUCAAAAAGAGUGAGGAGACCAUUGCAGAGAUGACUCAGGGAAGGGAAGCCUUGCUAGACCAGCUCGCCUCUCUGAGGGCUUCUGAGAAGCACCUGAAGGGAAGGGUGGAAGCUGCCGAUCUUUGCAUGGAAGAACGUGAGAAGAAGCUUCUGGAGGAAAACCACCAUUUUGUGGAGCUUGUCGAGAAGGUUCUUCUUGAGAAAGAGCGAUUGGAAGCCCAGCAGAAAAGUGUGCAGCAGGAAAAUCGGGAACUACUUGAGGUCCAGUCCUCCCUGAAAAAACAACUCUCUGAGGCCCAAGAGGAGCUGGACUUGCUUAACGCCAAAGUGUCAAAUCUGGCCGAGAACCUCACAGUAUCCCAAAAAAGCCACGCGGAGCUGCUGAUGAAAUUCCAGCAAACGGAAGUCAUGCUCAAAGACCAGACAGCUAAAUGUGGGCUUCUGCUGGCUCGUGCUGAGGAGCUGGAGAGCAGGACCUCGGAGCAACAUGAUGAGAAAGGAGCGGCGGAGAGCAAUGAAAAAAUGCCCAAGCUUCAUGAGGAACAUGUAACCUCUGAGACCAAAGAGGCUCCAUUCAGGCUAGUGAUUGCCGAGGCUCAACUGGAGCUCAACCUUCGGGAGGUGCACCGCCUCAGGGAAGAGGUGGUGGAGCUCAGGGCUCAGCUCCUGGCUGGAACGGAAGAAAGGAUGAAAGCUCAGGCCUUUCAGGAGGUGACAGAGGCAUCAAGAGAGGACCUGCGAGUCUUGGCGGAACAGCUCAAGGGUCAAGUGGAGGAGCUGAACAGGCGGCACGUCGACGAGAUCCUGCGUUCUCGUGAGCGCGAGGAGGCAUUGAUCCGCGAGCGAGACUGCGAGGCCCUGGCUCGGGCGAGCCUGGCUGCCGAGGUGACGGCCAGCAGGGAGGAGCUACACACUCUCAAGCAACGCUAUGACGCCUUGUGCCUAGAGAACAGCGACUCCGGGGAGGCCCUGUACCGAGCUAACACGGAAACCGCCGAGCUCGGAGUUCGCGUGUGCAUGCUGACGGCCGAGAAUGAAGAGGCCCGCCUGCGGUGGGAGACCCUCUCCAAGAGGCAGCAAGCACUGGAGGAGGAGGCCGCACAGGAGGCCACCAGGGUGGAUGCCUGCACAGAGCAGCUCCGCCGGGAGAAUCGUCAGCUCCUCAGCAAGCUCCGUCACCAGGAUGAUCUUUGGGCCAUGACGCAGAAGCUGCAGGAGGAGCUGACCAAGGUCCAGGAGGAGGCGGAGGUGCUGCAGAGGAGGAGCCAGCAGGAGAUCGAGUCUCUCCGCCUGGAGCUCAGCAACCAGGCUAUCAGCCACAGCAGCCAACUGCAGAGUGUCAACGAAGAGUUAAUGGAUGAAAGGUUACAGAUGUUGAGUGAGCAGGAGAAAGCAGUUGAGGUGGAGAAGAAACUAAAGCGCUUGGAGGCUGAGGUGCAAAGAUACCGGCAGCACCUCGCCGAGAGAACCAUUCAGAUGGCCCAGUCGGAAAAUCUCCUUCAGCAGAAAGACGACGAGGUAAUCCAUCUGAGAAAGAAUUUAUCAAGAUGCCAGGAGGAGCUUGAUGCGACUCAACGGGCCUGCCAGGAGCUGAGGGACACUCUGAGGAGCGUCACGCUGGACAAACAGAACUUGGACUUGAGGACGGCCGCCGAACUCGACGACCUCUACCAAACCAAGGUCAACCUGGAGGAAAGACUGGUGGAGCUCAUCAGGGACAAAGACGUGCUGUGGCAGAAGACGGAUGCGCUGGAGUUUGAACAGAAGCUGCGCGAUGAGGAGACGGAGCGUGACGUCAACUACUGCCUGGGAUGCCACACCCCCUUCGGCUGGUGGUUGCGCAAGCACAAUUGCAGAUUUUGUGGCCGUCCUUUCUGCCACUAUUGCCUGGCCAAUGCAGCCAGCCACCAGCCGGGCGGCAUCAGAGAGCGCUGCUGCCGGGAGUGUUGCAAUCAGCGCGGUUUCGAGGCAGAGCGACCCCCGCAGGAGGACACCUUCUCCAGCAUGCCGGCUUCUGCGUUGAGCCGUCUGCUGCAGCCUCUGAGAGCUGUUACGAGCGUCUUGGGAGCGGAUGAAGGCGACAAGGUGGAGGAUGGGAUGUUUGAUAUCAUCACAGAGGAGGAAGUCAGCCGUGUCUCCGACAGUGACUCGUUUGCCACCGCCUGCUCUUCUGUACAUGGACAGCAGGAGGCAGCACAGCUAAGCAGCAGCAGUGCCAGCACAGGAGACGUCCCAUCGGAAGACCCCGAGGACCAAUUUGGCACCGUGCAGGAUGCCGAGAUCGGCCUGCUCAAGUCGGGAGAACUGACGUUGGCAUCUGGCUUCGCAGUGGAUGACAUCUCAAACUUUGGCGACAUCUCGCGAGAGCUCUUCAUCAAGUCGAGCUGUUACAGCACUGUGCCCAUCAGCGCUGGCUGGCCCGGUGCCACCGUCUCCUGGACGUUUACCUCAGAACCCAAAGGCAUUUCCUUCAGCGUUGUUUUUCGGGAGAGUGCUCAGACGACACUGGAGCAGGCCAAGGUCUUGAUCCCGCUGACUCGCUGCAACUCCCAUAAGGAGACAAUAAGGGGAGAAAUGAAAGUACGAAAACCAGGAGAGUACAUCCUCAUCUUUGAUAACUCCUUUUCGAGGUUCAUCUCCAAGAGGGUGAUGUAUCAUCUGGCUGUGGAUGCCAGCGGCCUCUCAUGAGACGAAAAGCCUGUCAAUCAGAUGUCGGCGCAUACGUCAGUGCCGUCGGGGAGCGCAAGGUAACUUGUAGCAGAGUCGACUUCAAGCGUCGCAACCUAGGGCAAUGCUGAGGGCAAACAUCUUGGAACUGCUAAGGCACAUCAGGUGAUGUAAUCAUAGGAAACCGGUGAAAAAUACAUCAAAUCUGUCAUUAGUCCACUGAAAUAGAGCAUGCAAUUUUUUUUUUCUCUCUCCCUCUCUUCAUGUAGUAGAAUUAAAGUGUUACCGAUUCAGAAUUGCCAGCACAGGCGCGCGCGCGCACACACACACACACACACACACACACACACACACACACACACGAUAACAUGGAAUGGGAUGUCUUUACUCCAUCACUGCAAACCAACUUAUGUUUUUGUGUUAAUUUUAUUGCGUUAAUGCUGAGAACAUUCAAGUAUUUAUGCCUUUGCUCUCCACAGAGGAGCAAAGGAGCCAUUGAUUCAGUUCAGUUACUUAUUAGUUGUGAGAGAUUGGCCUUUUCCUACAAAAAGAAGGAAGGCGAACUCAUGGACAAAACGACAAAUUGAUUACAAAUUUUAAGAAUUUACUGAAGCAUCCAAUCACAACAGCUGUAUAUUUGUGUGGUUAAGAGGAGUUGAUAUGAUUGGUUGUGAUGCUAAACAGGGUUUUAGUCCUUAUGAAUUUUGUUUUUUUUUUAAUUUUUGUUUCUUAUUUGCUGUUUGUAGUUCAAUAAAGAAGAUUUAUGUAGAGAUGACUUAUUGUCCCCUUCCUAAAAUAAUGGUCUCAGUCAUUAAAUUUUUUUUUCUGAAUAUAUAUAAAAGCGAACAAAAUAUUUAUGAUAUUUAGUCAUAAGUUAAUUUCAGGUUUGAAUAAAAUGAUCUGUUGAACUAAGGAUGCAGCCAAUUUUAGCAGAGCUGACCAGAAUCCUGAGAUGUUUGAGGCAACAAAAUGUCAGCAGUUUUUUGUCAAAAUAUGACUUAGAUGAUUAUUUUACGAGGGUGACAAUAUUUUUUGAGUGGUCACUUUGAAUAAGACCACUGCUCUUACAAUGGGAACAUUUGCACAGCAACUAGAGCAAAUUUCUCACUGUAAAUCGAGAUCCAUCGCGUUUCACUUAAUGCAAUUUGGUAUUGUCCAAGAGAUGUUAUCAUCUUUAUUGUUCCGUGGAAAAUAAUAAGAUGAUACUUGCAGCAAAUGUAUUUGUUGUCAAAUCAACUCAUUGUUCAUCACAUUGAUGCAAAAAAAAAAAUGGUUUCAUUCAAAUUACCAACUAAAGCUUUGGAAUCAUUUUUGAUGUAAGAAAAAAUGUACUUGAAGGCCUUUAUUGGAGCAGGAGCUCCCACGAACGGUGUCCAAAACAUGUUCUUAAUAUACAUUUUAUUGUUGCCUUUUACGAUGAUCAAAAAAAUGAUUGGAAAUGAGACGGUGUGAUGCAUUCAUGAGGACAUGUCCAAAGUUGAUGCAAUACCAUAUAUGCGCUUAAUUGUCUUAUUUGAAACAAUGAGCUGAAUGUCAUUUAUCAUUUCUAUGCUUUUGCUACGUUUUCACGCUAAGCCCGUGUACACACGGGGGAGAACGGUAAAAAUACUCAUCUGGUUUGCAAGUGUUGACACAGUAGCCCACUGAGCUGUGUUGUGACAAUUGAUGCAUUUGUGUUACUCGCGAUCUUAAAAGCAGUCGAAUGCUGCAUUGAAAUUGUAAUCCGGGGAAAUAAUCAACAUUUUUACUUGUAUAUGUAAUCUGAUGACAAUUUUUUUUUUUUUUUUUUUUUUUUAAACCAACUAUGUUACAUGUAUUCCUUUUACUCCCCAAAGCCAAAUGUUGGCAUGGCGACAAAUGCUGGUAUUACAUGUGCUGACCCAACCAAGAUCAGACAACGCCUGAGCCCGUCUGAUCUUGAAAAGGGAAGCGACAGUUUGUGGGCCACAAACAAGCCACUGUUGGCCCGGAUGCCCCUCCGGAGCCACCUAUUGAGUACCACUGGUCUAGUACAUUUAUCAGUACAGCUAUUAAUAGAUGAUUUCCCUCGCCGGGCAGCUAGAAACCCCCGCAAUGAGCACUGAGAAUGUUGACCGUAGAUGAUAUUAAAACCCACUGUAGUCAUGAACUCUCUGAACUCAGGUGGAUCAGCAUUUAGUUGGCAGGGCACCUCCACAUGCGUCAGCUUCCGGGAAAAGGCUUUGACACGAGUCUGAUCCGAUCAAGGAUGAAUCCCACAGAUAGAGGUUGUUCUUAAGAAGAUGCCUCCUUCUUGUUGAUGGCAUUUUGGAAUGGCUCGAUACUGACGUCUUUGGUCAUGCUCCAAGUGUAGACUCCUUUCAUGUCUGAAAUUCAAGUCGGAUCCACCAUGCGCACCUACAAGCACUGGAGGAAGAAAGACUGAAUUCCAAGCUUUUUGAGGUACUGAUGGACCAUGGAGUCCAAACCGAUGGACCUCAGUUUUAAAUAUAAGGUCAAUGGAUCAAGACUCCACUACUCGAUCGGUCGUAUUUCCGCUUGGUAACCGAAGGAGAGUCUCAUUCAACAGUCGCAUCCCGCUCAAAGUGUUUUUGCUCUCGGGUGGAUAAAGCGAUCAGGCAGGCCAAACACUUUGUAGUCAAUGAAUUCCAGACAAGACGCAGGACUUGCCAGACACGAUACCUUCGGGAUAGAAGGGUAAGCUAGUAGAUGUUAGGUGGUAAGUAGAUAUAGGGGAUUAUCAACGCUAGCAAAUGCUAAAGAUCAGAUCUCUCAAAACCCUCCCCCAUUGUGAAAGGCAAAGCUGUCAUUCAGGACGCUGAUGCAGACGGAGGUAUUCCAGAC